CGGCGGCGGCGGCGGGAGGGAGCCUCGGCGCGGAGCGGAGCGGGGCCCGGCCGCACGGACCAGGCGCGGAGGCCGGGGCGCCGGCGGGCCCGAGCGCAGCGGCGCAGCCAUGGGCGACGCGGGCCGGGCCGGCGCAGACUGCAGAAGUCCAGACAGCUCUUCGCUCAGCUCCUCUUCCCCCCUGCGGGGCCCGGGGCCCUCCCCCCCACCUGAGCCUCCCACUCCUCUGCACCCUUCCAUGAUUGGCUCAGCCAUGACCACCUCCAUCAGCGGACUGGGGUCUCCCUUCCCGGUCAUCAGCUCCUCCAUGGGCUCUCCAGGCCUCCCGGCCACCCCCUCCAUUGGCUACGGGCCAGUCAGCAGCCCCCAAAUCAACUCCACGGUGAACCUGUCGGGCCUCCAUUCGGUCAGCAGCUCGGACGACGUCAAGCCUCCUGUGGGCAUGAGGGUUAUGCCAGGCCACCCCCACGGCGGCAUGGUGCCUGGGAAGCGGCUGUGCGCCAUCUGUGGGGACCGGUCAUCGGGGAAGCACUACGGGGUGUACAGCUGCGAGGGCUGUAAGGGCUUCUUCAAGCGCACCAUCCGGAAGGACCUCACCUACACCUGCCGGGACAACAAGGACUGCACCGUCGACAAGCGCCAGCGGAACCGGUGCCAGUACUGCCGCUACCAGAAGUGCCUGGCCACCGGCAUGAAGCGCGAAGCCGUGCAGGAGGAGCGCCAGCGGGGCAAGGACAAGGAUGGGGAGGCCGACCCAGCUGGGGGAGGCGCCAACGAGGAGAUGCCCGUGGAGAAGAUCCUGCAGGCCGAGCUCGCCGUGGAGCAGAAGUCGGACCAGGGCGUCGACGGAGCUGGCACGGGGGGCAGCUCGGUGAGUUGGGGAAGGGGAGCAGCGGGACCGGAGCGGUUCCUCCACCGCCCCACCGACAGAGAUGAGCCCAACGACCCGGUGACCAACAUCUGUCAGGCUGCGGACAAGCAGCUGUUCACCCUGGUGGAGUGGGCCAAGCGCAUCCCCCACUUCUCGGAGCUGCCCCUUGACGACCAAGUCAUCCUCCUCCGGGCCGGCUGGAAUGAGCUGCUGAUCGCCUCUUUCUCCCACCGGUCCAUUUCGGUGAAAGACGGGAUUCUCCUGGCCACGGGGCUCCACGUUCAUCGCAACAGCGCCCACAGUGCUGGCGUGGGAGCCAUCUUUGAUAGGGUGCUGACCGAGCUGGUGUCCAAGAUGCGGGACAUGCGGAUGGACAAGACGGAGCUGGGCUGCCUCCGGGCCAUCAUCCUCUUCAACCCAGACGCCAAAGGGCUUUCCAACCCCGGGGAGGUGGAGCUGCUGCGCGAGAAGGUCUACGCCUCGCUGGAGUCCUACUGCAAGCAGAAGUACCCAGAUCAGCAGGGCAGGUUCGCCAAGCUGCUGCUGCGUCUCCCGGCUCUGCGGUCCAUCGGCUUGAAGUGCCUGGAGCACCUCUUCUUCUUCAAGCUGAUCGGAGACACCCCCAUCGACACCUUCCUCAUGGAGAUGCUGGAAGCCCCUCACCAGAUGUCCUGACCCCCCCCCCCCCGAGGGCCAGG